UUCACUCCGCGCAACUCUUCUUCCUCGGUAGCCUCCUCUCGCGCUCUCUACGCUCUCCCAUUUUCCCCUUAUCCUCGGGAUUAGGGUUAGGGUUGGGGUUAGGGUUUACUCUCUCUCUCCCCAAAUUGCGCCAUCUAUGGCGACAUCCACGGCGUUCCUCGGCUCCUCCGUCGCCGGCGCCGCCGCGUUGCACUCCUCGAAGAACCCCUCCCGCCACUCCCGCAUCUCCUCCUCGAGCUCGCUCUUCUUCGGUAGCCGCCGCCGCCGCUCCGGCGCUCCCGAUGGGGCCUCGCUCCGCCUUCGGUCGGCGGCGGGGCGGGGCCGGGGGCCGCUCCGGGUGGUGUGCGAGAAGGUGGUGGGGAUCGACCUCGGCACCACCAACUCGGCGGUGGCGGCGAUGGAGGGGGGGAAGCCGACGAUCGUGACGAACGCCGAGGGGCAGCGGACGACGCCGUCGGUGGUGGCGUACACGAAGAACGGCGACCGCCUCGUGGGGCAGAUCGCGAAGCGGCAGGCGGUGGUGAACCCGGAGAACACCUUCUUCUCCGUGAAGCGGUUCAUCGGGCGGAAGAUGUCGGAGGUCGACGAGGAGGCGAAGCAGGUGUCCUACAAGGUUGUCAAGGAUGAGAAUGGGAAUGUGAAGCUCGAGUGCCCCGCUAUCGGAAAACAGUUCGCCGCCGAAGAGAUCUCGGCUCAGGUGCUUAGAAAGCUUGUGGAUGAUGCUUCUAAAUUUUUAAAUGACAAGGUGACUAAAGCAGUGGUAACGGUUCCUGCGUACUUUAAUGACUCACAAAGGACAGCAACAAAAGAUGCUGGUCGCAUUGCUGGGUUGGAAGUUCUUCGUAUUAUCAAUGAACCGACUGCAGCAUCUUUGGCGUAUGGAUUUGAAAAGAAGAACAAUGAGACGAUUCUAGUGUUUGACCUGGGAGGCGGUACCUUUGAUGUUUCAGUUCUGGAGGUUGGUGAUGGUGUGUUUGAGGUGCUUUCUACAUCGGGUGACACUCAUCUUGGUGGUGAUGACUUUGACAAGAGAAUUGUAGACUGGCUUGCCUCCAAUUUUAAGAGAGAUGAGGGCAUUGACCUUCUGAAAGAUAAACAAGCUCUACAGCGACUCACUGAGACAGCAGAGAAGGCCAAAAUGGAAUUGUCAACUUUGACUCAGACAAAUAUCAGCUUACCUUUCAUCACUGCAACGGCUGAUGGUCCCAAACAUAUUGAAACAACUCUCACUAGGGCUAAGUUUGAAGAAUUAUGCUCAGACCUUUUUGACAGGCUUAAAACUCCUGUGGAGAAUGCCUUAAAAGAUGCAAAGCUGUCAUUCAAGGAUAUAGAUGAGGUAAUUCUCGUGGGUGGAUCAACUCGCAUGCCAGCAGUCCAGGAACUUGUGAGGAAGAUGACCGGAAAGGAACCCAAUGUUACUGUCAAUCCUGAUGAGGUUGUCGCUCUUGGUGCGGCAGUUCAGGCUGGAGUCUUGGGUGGCGAGGUGAGCGACAUUGUUCUUCUUGAUGUCACUCCACUAUCUCUUGGUCUUGAGACAUUGGGUGGAGUGAUGACGAAGAUUAUCCCGAGGAAUACGACACUGCCCACUUCCAAAUCGGAGGUCUUCUCCACUGCAGCUGACGGGCAGACAAGUGUCGAGAUCAAUGUUCUUCAGGGCGAGAGAGAGUUUGUGAAGGACAACAAAUCACUCGGAAGCUUCCGACUUGAUGGCAUUCCUCCUGCCCCACGUGGUGUCCCUCAGAUUGAAGUUAAAUUUGAUAUUGAUGCCAAUGGAAUACUCUCUGUUACAGCUAUCGACAAGGGAACAGGAAAGAAGCAGGACAUUACAAUUACAGGGGCCAGCACCUUGCCCAGUGAUGAGGUGGAGAGAAUGGUGAAGGAAGCGGAGAAGUACGCCAAGGAGGACAAGGAGAAGCGAGAGGCCAUCGACACCAAGAACCAGGCGGAGUCUCUGAUCUACCAGACGGAGAAGCAAUUGAAGGAGCUCGGGGAGAAGGUCCCCGCCGCAGUGAAGGAGAAGGUGGAGGCAAAGCUCAGGGAGCUCAAGGACGUUGUCGCGGGUGGAUCAACCCAGGCCAUAAAGGACGCCAUUGCUGCCCUCAACCAGGAGGUGAUGCAGCUUGGCCAGUCCCUCUACAACCAGCCCGGUGGAGCCACACCCGGGGCUGGUACAGGUCCCGCCCCUGGGGCCGAUGCUGGUUCCGCAAGCAAGGGGACUGGCAAUGGUGAUGUGAUCGAUGCGGAUUUUAGUGAUAGCAAGUGAGCAGGGAGGAAUAGUUUUGUGUAUGUCUUUCCGAGAAAGAGCUUGAAGUUAAACUGGAGGUAGUUCUCUCCUUUUUUUUUAUUGGGGUCUCCAUCUGUCUAUUUGUAUAGGAUACUGUCAAAGGCGACUUUUGGUGUAGUUUUUUUUUUUUUGGGUUCCUUUUUUUCCCUUGUAAUGAGUGUGGAGCUUUUAAAUGAGAAAGAUCAAUAGAGAAAGGUACCUUAUUGGCUGGCGUAUUGGCUGGCGUAUUGA